AUGUCUACCGUGGUUAUUGUGGGAGGCGGACUCUACGGAGUCGUCGCAGCCAUGGAGUUCGAGAAGAAGUCCAACAUCAAGGUCGUUUUGAUCUCCAACAAAGAUUAUGUCUAUUUUGUUCCAUCUUUGCCAAGAAUGUUCAUCGAGAAAGCGACGAAGGGAUGGUCGGCCCAGAUAACCAAGUUAUUGAAAGAUCCGUCUGUGUUUGUCCAGGACGAGGUCAUCGGGUUCGACGAGAACCGCGUGAUUACCGCUUCUUCGGGUGAGUUCAAGUACGACGCCUUGGUUCUUGCGUCAGGGUCCAAGCUGGAGGAAAUUUGGGAUCUGCCUGCAUCAACGAAAUUGGCCGUUGAACAUUUUAAGGUUGGGUACGAGAAAAUCGCCAAGGCCAAAAAUAUCACCGUUGUGGGUGGCGGGUUGUCUGGAGUCGAGCUUGUUGGCGAGAUCGCUGCAAAGUUCAAGUCGGAGAUCAAGUCCGGCGAGAAAACGCUCAACCUGAUCCAUUCCCAGAAGCUGCCAUUGACCGACAGCGAGUUGACAGCCGUGCGGAACUCCACCAAGGCCCAGCUCGAGGAGCUCAACGUGAACCUGUACUUGGGCCGACCGGCAACCGUCAACGGCGACGCAGUGAUGUUCGGCGAGAAAGAAGUGCCUACAGACCACCUGAUAUGGUGUACUGGAGGCAAGCCAAACGUGCCAAAGAACUCGAUAGAGGGUCUGCAGAACGAGAAGAACGAGGUGAAAGUGCACGAUACUUUGCAAUCGGUGGCUGUUCCGCAGAUAUUUGCAACGGGCGACUGUUGCGACACUUUCCACAAAUCGCUUCUUCCGUUGAAGGAACGCACUAAAGCGCUGCUCGCGAACGUGGACUCGUAUUUGAACGGCAAGCCGCUCACCGUCAAGGUCAACAUGUACCGGAAAGAAACAGACCGGAUCAGCCGGGGAGUUUCUCUUGGACCUGACCACGGAGCCGGCCAGGCAGUCACGUUCUUUGGAGUUUUCUCGGCCCCCAAAUGGCUGGUUGUGAGACUCAAGAGCAGGAACAUGUUUAGGGGAGAGCUUCAUAAGCAUCUUGGUAGCAAAGAUGAUGCUGAAUAG